AUGUCUGAAAUCGACGGUUUUAUUGAAAAGGCUCAAUCUAAUUUAGAAAAUGGUGAGCAUGAAGAAGCUAUAGUUAAUUUAACAAAGGCAGCCAGAUCAAAUCCGAAUGAUAAUCAAAUAUCAGCUAUUGAAAUGUUGAUUCGUAGAAUUGCAGAAUAUAUUAUUGGAAAUUCAAGUGGUUCAAAGGAUCGCAGUGUCGGGAAUGCUGGUGAUAUGGCAUCGAUUCUAAUGAAGACUUUCAUGAGCAAUAAUAACGGUUCAUCUCAGUCCCAAUUAGGUAAACUGGCUUUAUUAACAACUUUAAUGUCUCAAGGAAAUAAUAAUGCUAAUGGUUCUGGGUUUAAUCUUAACUCGGUGAUGUCUAUGUUUUCUAGUCAACAACAGCAGCAGCAGAAUGGUAAUGCUGUGUCAUCCAUGGGCAGUGCUGCAUUAGCCUCAUUAGCUUCCCAAUUUUUCUCUAAUACAAAUCAACAGCAGCAGCAGCAACAACAACAACAUAGUGGCAAUGGUAGUUCUUUUGCUAAUUUAGCAGCCAUGGCAUCUUCAUACUUAAAUUCUAAUAAUAGCAGUUAUAGCAGUUAUAAUAAUAACAGUUAUCACAGCUAUAAUAGCAAUAAUAAUUAUGAUAGUUUUAAUAAUAAUAAUAAUAAUAAUAAUAAUAAUAAUAAUAAUAAUAAUAAUAAUAAUAAUAAUAAUAGCAGUUAUCACAAUUAUAAUAAUAAUAGACCAAAUAAUCAACAAUAUGAGCAAGAUUACUAUCAAUCUCAUAAUAAUAAUGACAAUGGACCUUCUCUAGGGUCUACUUUAUUUUCUAUUGCUAGUUCAUAUAUGAGUAGUGGUAAUGGUGACAAUAACAAUAAUAAUAGCAAUAACAAUAGCAAUAAUUGGGAUAGUAAUAGUAAUAAUCAUAAUAAUGCUAAUGAUGCUAAUUUCCAACAACAACAACAACAACAUGGUUCAACAUGGACUUCUACACUUGCAUCAAUGGCUGCAUCAUAUCUAAGUGGCAACACAAACAAUAAUAAUAAUAAUAAUUAUAAUAACCACAAUAAUCAACACCUAAGCAGAUAUGAUGAACAAAACCAAAAUCAAUAUCAAAACCAAGCAUAUGGUCAAAAUCAGUCGUAUUAUGAUAAUAAUAAUAAGAACUCAUAUUACUGA